CACCCCUCUUAUCGCCUAUUGGAAUGUUCCUUGUUGUGCCGUAACUCGAAAGCGCGCGAGGCCAGUUGGCGGCUUGUCUGCAGGGCUACAAUGGCGUCUCGUGCAAAACCAGGUGGGCGUGGCAGGAAGCGCAAGACGGAGCCUGAGGGGGGGGAGGAGCCAGCGCUGGAGAACAAGAAGGAAAAAGCGGAGGAAGAGGAGAAUGACAAAGAGGAGGGGCAGAGGGUGGUCAUAGAGCACUGUAAGAGCUGACGCGUGUAUGGGCGUAAUGCAGAGGGGAUUCGGGGCGCCCUCCAGGCGGCCCACCCCGACCUGAGAGUCCUGCUGAACCCCCAGAAGCCCCGACGGAACAGCUUCGAGGUCACGCUGCUGAGCGAGGGGAAGGAGAUGAGCCUGUGGUCUGGGAUUAAGAAAGGUCCCCCUCGUAAACUCAAGUUCCCUGAGCCUGCAGUGCUGCUGUCCGCCCUGGAGGAGGCGCUGAAGAGCCAGUAGAGUGAGGUGCUGAAGCCAGUCAUCUCAAGUUCUUUGCUUCGGGGCGCAUUAUGACGAGGAAUGGCCAAAGGGGGCGCCCCCUGUUGUUCUUCUGAUGCCACUGCAGCCCCGCGCUUUGGACUGGGAUGAUGGUGUCAGGUGACCUCAUGCAGAAUCGCAUCUCGUUAUUUUCCUGCUGAAUCUCGUCUGCCUUUUUAUUUUGAAUCACUGCUGCUGAGAAUGUUCACGAUUCACUGAAACUACUUCUGACUCACAUUCUGACUCCCGUAUUCCACAUUCUGUGUGACCUUUUCUCAAUGUUCAAAUAAAGAUGUUCUUAAAGAUU